AUGGGCAAGAUUGGAAAGUCCUCGAAGGCCAAGAGGCAGACCUUCGGCCAUGUGGUGCCUCUGGGAGGAAGCUGCCUUGUCACUAAGCACUUGGAGAACAAGGGCUUGCGCGUGUGCAAGUUUCCGUUCGAUUGGAUGUACUCGACGCCGUACCUGGUGCGACAUGCGCUGCUGGACGACUUCAAGACCUUUCUGGACACAGCCAAGUGUCAGCGAAGCGAGGCGCUUGACGAGGUGAAGUCCGGCACCAUCCACACAACCUAUCGUCGAAUGCAGUCCACAAAGGCCAAGAACGUGGUCUUCCCUCACCACCAGCUGUGGCCGAAAGCCAGCAACGCUCGACGAGACCGAGGCUCCUACCGGCGCUCUGUCGCGCGGCUGCGGCGAGUCCUUGGCUCCAAGGACUCCAAAGUGCGGACGCUCUUUGUCCUGGCCGUGGCCGAAGGCGAGGGCUCGCUAGAAGUCCUGCGCGACGAGCACUGGAAGCCACCCGGCCAAGGUAAAAAAGGCAAGUGUCCUUCUGUGCCAGAUUGUGGAGGCCCAGAGCUGUGCUCCAGGGCCGAAAUCCUGCGGCUUUACGAGUGCCUGCAGCAGAAGGCGAAAGGCCCGUUCCACUUGGACGUUGUCUACCUUCUGAAGUCAUUGAAAGGGAAAAAGACAGAGAAGACAAGGACUCCACGCAGCAGCGUCGUCUUGCAGAGGAGGUCCGGAAACCAAUCGCUGCGGGUCUGCGAGAUGUGGUGCAAAGGAGAGAACACGGGUUUGGCCUUUCGGGAAGAUGCGGACAUGCUCGCCUUCCACAAGCUCAUCACUGACUCAAACCGUCGGUGCUUCAAGCCCAUUAGCCUCGACGCCAGUGGCACCAAGGGUUACAGGGACAAGGGCGACCGGAAAGGCGAGCAGAAAGACCAGAAAGGCACCCGAGCAAGCCAAACCGAGAGUUCCAGACGCCAUGGUGAUGGCAAGGAUGGCAAGCGCAAGCUGCGCUUUGUCUGGGCAAACCCCAAGACGAAGGGCUCCGAGGCGCACAAGCGCUACGAGGUCUACAAGAAGGCCAAGACGGUAGGAGAGUUUCUGGACUUGGGCGGGGUGAAAGGAGAUCUCCUUUUCGACCAGGCACGUGGCUUUCUCACGUUCCUGUAG